UGAAUGUGCUGGGACAGGAGAGGACCAUUUCCAUGGACCAUCUGUCUCACAGGCUGCCCAAACAACAAAGGAUCCAGGAUGGUGUUAGUACAUGUUGGAUAUUUGGUUCUUCCCGUCUUCGGCUCGGUUAGAAACAGAGUAUCGAGGCUGGCUCUACAUUCCGCAUUUCUCAGACCUUUGUCCCCCUCCAUUGUGUAGCUAACGAUCAUCUGCUGCUGUCUGCCGUAGCCUCUGCCUGUUCUCUGCAUCUAGCUGUAUUGUGAACCCCUUCUUCCUCAUUUCCUCUUUCCAUCUGAAGACGACAUUGGCAUUAAAACUGAGUUCCCACUCAUACCGUAUCCUUCUGUGUAACAGACUAAAGAAUAACACCUUCUGUAGAAAACAGUUUGUCUUUAUUUAAACUGUCAUGUUGCUCUUUAGUAAAUAACCCAUUGUAGCACUAGAUCUUACUACAGAAUGUCAUUGUGAUUUUACCAUUCAGUGUGGACAAACUACAUUCUGCUGUAAAUUUCUGUAAAGUGGAUACAUUUUGACCCUUGAUUCGAUUACAGCCAUGCUUGAUCGAACUCUUUUUGGAUAGUGUCUUCAUCCCCUUUGCAAAGGUGCAUUGUACCAGCCAUCAUCUUUAUUAAAGCAAUUGCAUGGUUAACUUUUUUGAAACCUUGAAUUAAUCAUUCUCCACGAAAAUUAUAUUACCCUAAUAAAGUCAAUUGGCAAAUACAGUGGUGUGAAAAAGUGUUUGCCCCCUUCCAGAUUUCUUAUUUUUUUGCAUGUUUGUCACACUUAAAUGUUUCAGAUCAUCAAACUAAUUUAGAUAUUAGACAAAGGUAACACAAGUAAACACAAAAUGCAGUUUUUUAGUGAAGGUUUUUAUUAUUAAGGGAAAAGAAAAAUCCAAACCUACAUGGCCCUGUGUGGAAAAAGUGAUUGCCCCCCCCUGUUAAAACAUAAAUUAACUGUGGUUUAUCACAUCUUUGGAAAGCUGAGUUCAAUUUCUCUAGCCACACACAGGCCUGAUUACUGCCACACCUCUCUCAAUCAAGAAAUCACUUAAAUAGGACCUGCCUGACAAAGUGAAGUAGACCAAAAGAUCCUCAAAAGCUAGACAUCAUGCUGCGAUCCAAAGAAAUUCAGGAACAAAUGAGAAACAAAGUAAUUGAGAUCUAUCAGUCAGGAAAAGGUUAUAAAGCCAUUUCUAAAGCUUUGGGACUCCAGCGAACCACAGUGAGAGCCAUUAUCCACAAAUGGCGAAAACAUGGAACAGUGGUGAACCUUCCCAGGAGUGGCCGGCCAACCAAAAUUACCCCAAGAGCGCAGCGACUACUCAUCCAAGAGGUCACAAAAGACCCCACAACAACAUCCAAAGAACUGCAGGCCUCACUUGCCUCAGUUAAGGUCAGUGUUCAUGACUCCACCAUAAGAAAGAGACUGGGCAAAAAUGGCCUGCAUGGCAGAGUUCCAAGACCACUGCUGAGCAAAAAGAGCAUAAAGGCUCGUCUCAGUUUUGCCAGAAAACAUCUUGAUGAGCCCCAAGACUUUUGGGAAAAUACUCUGUGGACUGACGAGACAAAAGUUGAACUUUUUGGAAGGUGUGUGUCCCAUUACAUCUGGCGUAAAAGUAACACAGCAUUUCAGAAAAGGAACAUCCUACCAACAGUAAAAUAUGGUGGUGGUAGUGUGAUGGUCUGGGGCUGUUUUGCUGCUUCAGGACCUGGAAGACUUGCUGUGGUAAAUGGAACCAUGAAUUCUGCUGUCUACCAAAAAAUCUUGAAGAAGAAUGUCCGGCCAUCUGUUCGUGACCUCAAGCUGAAGCGCACUUGGGUUCUGCAGCAGGAUGAUCCAAAACACACCAGCAAGUCCACCUCUGAAUGGCUUAAGAAAAACAAAAUGAAGACUUUGGAGUGGCCUAGUCAAAGUCCUGACCUGAAUCCGAUUGAGAUGCUGUGGCAUGACCUUAAAAAGGCAGUUCAUGCUCGAAAACCCUCCAAUGUGGCUGAAUUACAACAAUUCUGCAAAGAUGAGUGGGCCAAAAUUCCUCCACAGCGCUGUAAAAGCCUCAUUACCAGUUAUCGCAAACGCUUGAUUGCAGUUGUUGCUGCUAAGGGUGGCUCAACCAGUUACUAGGUUUAGGGGGCAAACACUUUUUCACACCACUGUAACUGCAAUAACAAACAUAACAGUAAUUUGUGCUCAGUUAUUUUCACCUUUGAUGGUCCACUGCACCUGUUCGAGUCCUGUGUAAAUGGCCGGUAAUAAUCCUAUCCAUGUCUGCAAGCCUUUGUUCCUGCUAGUUGAAUUGAGUCAAUUUAGCUAAUUGCAGUGUUGGCGAGGUUUAGGCCUAAAUCAUCUUGCCAUCAAAAAAAUCCCCUUUGAUCCACUGCCAUGCACAGCCACCUUUUAGUCUUUUUCCAGAUACUCCUAGAAUGCUAUCCAUUUUACAGGGAUGUGUAUAUCCUGCACUGCUGUAGAAGUCCUUUUAGAAUCAAAAUGUCUUUAUUCUUUGGUUGUGGUUUUCUACCUUAUGUUCUUGUAUUAGAUCCUAAUGCAUGGUCAUUUUAUACUUUUGUUUUUUCCACUUUGAACAGCAGAUUCCAAUGUAAUCUUUGUGUAGAGAUGUCCUGCUGUACACUCAUUGGAUGCUGCUUCUGUUCUGUUAACCCUACAGAAAGCAUGGUUGGGCCUUGCUUUUGGUCUUUAUUUGCAUGGAAUUAUGGUUAUAUAGGCUAUAUUAUGAUUAUAUUAUUAUUAUCAUUAUUAUUAUCGCACAGUGCCACACAUAUUAAUAUUUUCAA